GGGUUCGAGGGGACCCUGGUUUGGGAGAGUCUGGACUCUGUUCCUCUGACUGCAGUGAACUCCUCUUCCUCCGUGGAGCUCGACGAUGGAGGAGGCGUCCUCAAGUUCUCACCUAUCUCAGAGGGAAUCCUGCCUCACAGAAGUGCUGUCGGGUUUCCUGGUCUGGCUGGAGGCUUCAUGUUUACCAUCUACG